AUGCUUGCUCUUGCCCCGUCUUUCGUCACCCUUUCGCUUCUGUUCUCCACCGCUUACGCCGGGAAGAGAGGCCUUGCGUGGCCAUGGUAUAACGCACCUCUCAACCCGGCCGUUUUCGCCGGUAGCGGCCAAGUUGUAGCCAUAUAUGAUUGGGAAACUUACCAGCCCCCCUCCACGGACGGUACUGGCGGCCUCGAAUUCAUCGGCAUGCAAGGAUGCCAAGACUGCGACAGCUCGCCGCUCUCGGCUCUACAGAGCCGCGCGUCUGAGCAGGGAUGGACCACCGUCUUCAGCGUCAAUGAGCCGGAUAUCCCGGGUAGCAGUGCCAUGUCACCUUCCGACGCGGCUAACUGGUACAAGACCAACAUCAACCCUCUUAACAUUCGCAAGGCGCUCCCGGCCGUGACAUCCAGCACAUCCUGUGGCGAAGGUCUCGACUGGCUCUCGCAGAUGAUCUCCGCGUGCGCUGGGGCUUGCCAAUAUGACUACAUCAACCUUCACUGGUACGGCAACACCUUCUCGGACUUCCAGUCGCACGUUGAGAACGCCCGCGCAAUGUUCCCCUCGACCAACAUCGUCAUCACGGAGUUCGCCCUUUCGAAUCCCACCAACGGCGCCUCCGAUCAAACGGCAUUCUUCCAGCAAGCCUUCCAAUGGCUGGACAGUCAAGACUACGUGACGUUGUACUUCCCAUUCGUUGCCACCAGCCCGAGUCUAGCCCAGGCGAAUAGCGGUGGGGCGGAUGUCGACACGAGCAGUUGUCUUUAUGACGACAGCGGCGCUCUGAGCAGCGUCGGGCAGCUCGUACUUUCCUAA